AUGGGAUGCGCGGCGUCGACGGGACGCGUCGAGGGCGUCGAGGGCGUCGAGGGCGUCGAGGACGGCGUCCCGCGCGCGCUCGCGCUCGUGAAAAGAGGCUCGAGCGCGCACGCGCGCGCGCUGGGGGCGUGCGAGGGCGAUGCGGCGGUGAUGACGCGGCGACGGAGUGAAUUUUGGGACACGGCGAGCGCGUACGGAGGCGACGCGAACGUGUGGAUGACGUUGCGGGCGUGCGCGGAUGAGGUGCUCGUGGGUGAAAACGCGAGGGAGGGGUUGAUGGCGUGCGGUGUGGUGCGAUGCGACGCGGCGUUGGCGUGCGCGUACGACGCGCUCGGGAGAAAGUAUGAGAUUCCAGAGUUUGCGAGAAUCUCUCGCGCGGGCGCGGGGUGA